UUUUUUUUUUUUUAUAUAUUGUAUAUCUCUAUCUUACUACCCCACACCCAUGGAUACCUCUCCCAUCAAUCAGUCUUUUCCCCAGAACGCUCCAUUUAGACAACCUGUUACCAUUUUACAUUUUGUCUCAUUGACUUUAGCCUAUCUCAUUUUUUAUCCCUAUAUAUUUACACAAAAAAGUUCAAAACAUGCUCAUAAACGACGUUGGAUAGUUCUCUGUCUUGGUUUUUCUUUUGCCUCGGUUGGUUCCGUCACUGGCUGGUUCAUACAAUAUUCUCCAACCUCUUCUUCUUGGGCAAACUUGCUUCACAUUAUUUUAGGACAAAUCUUGUUUAUUUUAUCAACUCUUCAAACUUUCUUGGAUUACACCAGUACUGAUCUCUUAUGCCAUCGAUUCCAAGAUACUCAUUAUCACCAACAGCAACAUGAACAGCAACACUCAAUACUGUACAAUAUAUUUUCUUGGACAAAUCAUAUUCCUAAAUAUGCUAUUAUAUUCUUACAAUGGAUUAUACUGUAUUUAGGUUAUUUUCAUUUGAUAUUCAGUAUUCUUGUUCUGACAUCAACUUGCAACUCUUUGGCUCAAUGUUGGUUAUCUCUUGCUACAGGAACUGGAUUUUUAGUUUAUGGGUCUUUGAUCUUUAUGCACCUUGUCAACAUCAUAUCUCUACCUCGCCGUGCUUCCCCUGAACAUUAUGAAGCUCUCUGGAUUUUUUUAUGGGGAUGUCUGUCAUUUUUUUUGUGGGAUACAAAUAUCCUUGGAUCAUCAUGGAAGGCGAUUCAUCUUGGAUUACUUUGGACUACUGGUGGUUUACUAUCGUUAAUGGUAAGCCUUCAAUCUUGGUCACCAUUUUUACAAAAAAGGAAUAUUGUCAACAGUGUCAUUAUUUGUCUCACUGGAAAAGCGAUUCUAUCUGCAAUUCCUGUUGACGAUACGUAUGUGAUGGAACUUCAUUCGACUUUGGGAUAUGUAUGUAUUGUUGGCGGUAUGGCUAGAUGUAUACAAAUCACAUUUCGAAAGUCACCUGUUGAUAAUCUACCUCGACUAUAUUCACGUGCUUCUGGUGCUUCAGAUGAGAAUUGUGAUGACGAUAUUUACGACGAUGACACAUGUGUAGAUGAACUUGAUAUUGGACAACGACGAGCGAAUGAUUUUGAAGCUACUUAUAGACAAUUAGUUGGAAUGGAAUUAUCAUCAUCAUCAUCAACGACUUCCUCAUGUAAACAUCAAUCUGUAUAUGCAUCCAUCACGAUGGUGUGUGGAUUGAUUUGUUGUUUUAUGGCUAUUUCUGGCGGUUUUCUUUUUAUUGGAACAACAGUGGAUUGGAUGGAAAUCAUGCAAUAUUACAUCAAUGAUCCAAGUAUCUAUGUGAAUCUUUUGUUGGCGAUCUCUUUUAUUUGGCUUACUUAUCUUUUGAUUCUGUGCACACUUUACAAAAAUAACACAACACGUCCUGGAAGUUAUGACUAUUUGGAUUUGGCAACUGGAGAUUAUUGCGAAUUACCAUUAUCAUCGAAAGCAACGUCAUCACCAAACAGCUCAUUUGAUCAUCAUAGGAAUAGCAACAUGAUGACGACCUCAACAUCAUCUUCAUCAACACCAAUUGACAAUCAGCAACAAUCCAUGUUUACUUCUAUACCACUUCUACCAUUGAAACAACAUGCAUCGAAUCGUUUAUCAGGGUCCAAUAGCAACGGAACAACAUCAUCUCCUCCACCCAUGCGACCAAGUCAAUAUAGAGCAAAACGACGAUCUUUAUUAAUUUCCACCGGUAUGCAGAACAACAAUCAACAGGAUAAUCGGACUCGACGUACAUUAUCAGCAUCAAGUCAUACAGGUGUUGGUGGCAUAUUACCAGAUGAAGUAUUGGGUGAUUAUUCGUUUUCUCCGACUGUUCUCACUGCUACAUCAGCCGUUGAAAAUACAUCCAUUCAACUCAGCAAUGAUCAUCCAAGAUGUUCAUGGCGAUCAGGAUCAUCAUCAUUAUCAUCAUCAUCUAUAUCAUCAUCUUCAUCAUCAUCAUCAGCAUCAACAACUGGAAUAGUAUCAUCUCCAAGAAUUAGUUCGUCUACAGUCAGGGCAACGACAACAUCGACGAACAGUAUUGUAACAACAAGCACUUUAUCACAUCGUGACUCAUGGCAACAAGUACAACAACAUGACAAUGAUCAUCAAAUUGAAAGUGGAAAAAGACAAUGGAAAAAAUCAAAACAACGACGUACAACCAAUACAACUAGUUUUAGCAAUGAUGAACAAGAUGAUGAAGUAUCUUCUAGUGGAUCAUCAGACGAUCGUAGUCGAAAAGGAUAUUACUCUAGUGAACGGAAUAGUAUAGUUACAUUUUUUUGAUUAUCAAUAAAGAAAUUUUUUUUUGACUAA